CAGUCGCACAUGCUGGAGGUGAAGCGUCGCUCCCGCAGUACCUGCCGAACUUAUCCAGGAACGUGGCGGUGGAAUGUUAUCGGACUUGUUUUGACGCGCACUUCGCUGGACACUUGAUGGCUGCUCCUGCGGAAAGGACCGAGUUGGGACGGUGACACCGCACGAGCGCAUCCAUCCUCGGGCUCGACCGGACUGAGACUUUUCUGAGGAGGAAGAUGUGGUUUGCGCCAACCCUCCGAAGCGCUUCGCCCGGCAGCUCGCCUCUGUUCUGAAUCCAACCUUUGAACACUGAAUCCGCUACUGAAGACGGCAAGUGAAGAUGGCUCCUUCGUGUUCAACGUCUACUUGUUCCGAUUGGCGUCCAGUCUGAUCAACAUCAUCAGCGAUGUAGUCAGCCUGUUCAUCUGCGUGCUCAUCAUCUGCAGCAAGUACUCGCAUCUGCUCAAACGGGAGACCAUGAAAAUGAUCCUGCUGCGUAAGUUCCGGCUCCUGAUUCUCAUGGUGUUCCUGGUCGCGUGCUCCAUGCACAUCAUGAUCGACUUGUUACCGAAGCUCGAGCGUCACGGCAGCGGCGGCUGCUCGUGCUCGCACGCGCCGAGCGAGGAGCCUCAGACCUGGGGCAAGCAGGGCUGGAACAACAAGCACACGCUGCGGAUCCUGCAGGACUUCAGCAACGAGCCCAGCUCCAACGUGUCCUCGCACUCGCUGGAGAAGGUCCCGGGGACAGGAGACAAGACGCAAGCCCUUAGGCGGUUCGAGCAGCGCGGGGACAGGAGGAGACAGUUCAUCCAGGACUCCAUAGCGACCAAGAACAUGCCGGUGAAAGGUUCAAGGUUAUCGGCGCUCUACGAGCAUCCCUUGUACAAAAGAGCUCUGCCCACGCUGACGGACGAGGACACGCUUUUUAACGUCAACACCGACAUCAGAUUUGACCCCAAGGCGGCUGAACAGGAAUGGAAUGUGGAAGGCAACCUGGAGGAGUUCAGCCCGACAGGGGAGCUGACGGUCGACUCCUAUCCCAACUGGCUACGUUUUCAUAUUGGAAUUAAUCGAUAUGAGCUGUACUCCAGACACAACCCUGUUGUCGACGCUCUGCUCAAGGACCUGGUCACACAGAGGAUCACCAGUGUCGCGAUGAAGUCAGGAGGAACUCAGCUCAAACUCAUUAUGACCUUCCACAACUACGGCCAGGCUCUGUUCAAACCAAUGAAGCAGACCCGGGAGCAGGAGACGCCUCCGGACUUCUUCUAUUUCUCUGAUUUUGAGCGGCACAAUGCUGAGAUUGCUGCCUUUCAUCUGGACAGGAUUCUGGAUUUCCGUCGAGUCCCUCCUGUAGCUGGUCGUGUGGUCAACAUGACCAAGGAGAUCCGGGACGUGACCCGGGACAAGAAGCUGUGGAGGACGUUCUUCAUAUCCCCGGCCAACAAUGUGUGUUUCUACGGCGAGUGCUCGUACUACUGCUCCACCGAACAUGCUCUCUGUGGGAAACCCGACCAGAUAGAAGGCUCUCUGGCAGCCUUUCUCCCAGACCUGGCUCUAGCCAAACGCAAGACCUGGCGGAACCCCUGGAGGAGGUCGUACCACAAACGCAAGAAGGCAGAGUGGGAGGUUGACCCUGACUACUGUGAAGAGGUCAAACAGACCCCGCCGUAUGACAGUGGCACGCGACUGCUGGACAUCAUGGACAUGACCAUUUUUGACUUCCUCAUGGGGAACAUGGAUCGUCAUCAUUAUGAGACUUUUGAAAAGUUUGGAAAUGAGACCUUCAUCAUCCACCUUGAUAACGGCAGGGGGUUUGGCAAACAUUCCCACGAUGAAAAGUCCAUCCUGGUGCCUCUGAUCCAGUGCUGCAGGGUCAGGAAGUCCACUCACCUGCGUCUGCAGCUGUUGGCUAAAGAGGAGUACAAACUCUCCUCUCUGAUGUCAGAAUCAUUGGUCAGGGACCAACUGAGUCCAAUCCUGAUCCAGCCUCACCUGGAGGCCAUGGACCGACGGCUGCGUCAGGUGCUGAACGUGCUGUCCGAGUGUGUAGAGAAGGAGGGCUACGGCUACGUGGUGGAGGACGACCUCAGCGGCCACAGAGGGUCGGACCGCUCCAUGAGGUAGCUGCCUGAGGGUCAGUCAGACCGGAUCCGAGCGGAACCUCAUGAACUGAUCCGAUCGCCUGAACCUCUCAGGGGGUGCACCAGACUGAGCGAGCCUUUGAACUUUCCUAACGUCAAGGAAGUCUUGAAGGACGUGGUGCUGGAUCAGUAACUUCAUUGGACUUUUGAAUCAGCGGGGCUUGUUUGAAUAUCCCACCUGUAGGACAGAACCACCGACGUGACCCACUGCAACACAACCAAACCACAGAACUCUGUGCUUUCAGGACCCUUUUGUUUGAAUUCAGUGAAUUCUGAGGGACAUGGACACGCCACAGCACCACCCUCCCCCUCCGCCCCCCUCCACAAGCAGAGCUAGGCGUCCUACGUAUCGUCGUAGUCUUUUAUUUGACCAGUGGGAAGAAGAUGUGUCGUCUCAAUGUUUCGCUUUAUGUUUCUGCUCGAAUGUCUUUAUUUUGUUCCCGAGAAUGGAACGCUGUUGAGUUGGAGUGCAGGCUAACUCCUGGCUUUAUCUUUUCUUUGUCCCAUAAUUGUCGUUUCCAGAUUAUUUAUUGAAGAGAAAAUUAUUUAUUAUUUUAAAUAAAAAGUCAGAGAUUGAGAUUCUGUUUUACAAGCCACAGCAAACACACAGAUCCUGUUGUUUAAUUCAAAUAUUUUUGUUUGUUUUUAAUUUAUAAUGCGAGUUGCAUUCACAUGAAAGAGAAAUAUGGCUCAAGCCUAGUGUCACAUCAACAGCUGCAUUCACGUCAGAGAAAUUGUUUCAUUUGUUAAAACAAAAAACAAAAAAACUCCAUACCUUUUCAAAAUUCCAUUGGAGUUGGCGAACAUGCAGUUAACAAUCUCAGUUAUCAAAUGAGAAUCAUAAUUGGAUUCUUCACGACUGGAAUUUCUAUUUAUUUUAAACAAAAGCAAACUCACCAAGUUCAUGAACAUUUCUAGACGCCAUGCUAAUAUCUUUGAUCUGCUCUGUUUCCUUCAGGUGAGUUGGCUAUCUUGAUCUCCAAAGAGAGUUUACUCUUUAUUUUGUAACAUAAUGCUCUAAGAUCCAUUUUUCCAAGUGAAUGCACUCUCAAACCCCUUCAGUACAAUAACUCAUUUUUGGUCCCAGAAACCAAAUGUGACGCAGAAAGUUUGACGUUGUCGUUUCUUUGUGACAUAUCAACGUUGUGAAGAGAUUCUUCUUCAGGGUGUGUGUGUGUGUGUGUGUGUCGCCUCACCCACUGAACGUGGCGUCUGAUAGAAACUCUAGUGCCUGUGCAAUGAUUGAACUUUACUUGAAUGUCUUGCGAGAGGAAAAGGUCCUGAGUGUAAAUAUGUAAGACGCAGAGGUAAACAACUGUGUGUUCUGGUUCCAUUUAGGUUCGAUGCUGCCAUUUUUCACUAGUAUGCGUGUGUGUGAGUGUGUGUGUGAGGCAACUCACGUGCUGCAGGAGGCUAUUUUUUUGUGUGUGUGUUUUUAUGCGACACAUUGUUUCUGUGGAUUCUUUCUGAUUUUUUUUGCAUCAUGGUAAAAGUGCAAUAAAAGUGAAAAACAACCUGACUGAGCUACAGAGGUUGUGUGUGUGUGUGUGUGUUUAACCAUAUCUAUCCUCCUCCAUG